AUGGUGUCUAAGCAGGCGUUCCUUUUCAGCUUGGGUUCCCUCUACCUAUCCCUCUUAUUUAUAUUCCUUCUCAUGGAUGUGUAUGCCAGACCGGCAAAUAAUUCUGCCUUAAAAGAGAAACCAGUAGACAAUAAGGAUGAGAAUGAAAUCAUGCCCCCCGACCACCUUAACGGAGUGAAAAUGGAGAUGGAUGGUCACCUCAACAAGGAGUUCCAUCAAGAAGUUUUCUUAGGUAAAGAUAUAGAAGAAUUUGAUGAGGAUUCAGAGCCAAGGAAGAAUCAGAGGAAGCUGGCGGCCAUCUUUUCAAAGGUGGACAGGAACAAGGACAAACAAAUCAGUGCACAAGAAAUGCAGCGCUGGAUCAUGGAGAAGACUGAGGAGCAUUUCCAGGAGGCCGUUCAGGAGAACAAGCUACAUUUCCGGGCUGUAGAUCCAGACAACGAUGGAUAUGUGUCCUGGGACGAGUACAAGAUCAAGUUCCUGGCCAGCAAGGGCUUCAAUGAAAAAGAGGUUGCUGAGAAAGUGAAGAACAAUGAGGAGCUGAAGAUCGACGAAGAAACACAGGAAGUACUUGAAAACCUUAAAGAUCGCUGGUUUCAAGCCGACAACCCGCCAGCUGACCGCCUCCUGAACGAAGAGGAGUUCCUGUCUUUCCUGCACCCAGAACACAGCCGGGGGAUGCUCAAAUUCAUGGUUAAAGAAAUCAUCCGUGACCUAGACCAGGAUGGAGAUAAGAAACUGACUUUGUCGGAGUUCAUCUCUCUUCCGAUGGGCACAGUAGAGAACAAGCAGGCGCAGGAUAUUGAUGAUGAAUGGGUUCGAGACCGAAAGAAAGAGUUUGAAGAGGUUAUCGAUGCCAACCAUGAUGGCAUUGUCACAAUGGAAGAGCUUGAGGAGUACAUGGACCCCAUGAACGAGUACAAUGCUCUAAAUGAAGCUAAACAGAUGAUCGCUGUGGCAGAUGAGAACCAAGAUCAUCACUUGGGCCUAGAAGAGAUCCUGAAAUACAGCGAGUACUUCACAGGCAGCAAACUGAUGGACUAUGCUCGCAACGUUCAUGAGGAGUUUUAGGUUCCCACCGUUCAUCUUGCCCUUUGACUGGAGAAGUUCUUGCUAUGGAUGAAAGGCUUUUCUUCUAGCUUAAUGGGAGGAUCCACACCAGUUUUGCUACUACUUUUCCUGUGUGUUAGUGUGCAGUAUUGAGUGGGGGCCGUCGCCUUCCCCCCACCAUUUGCGACCCUCAUGGCAGAAUUUGCACAUAAAUUACGGCUUUCAUUUGCUUUGGUGAUAAUCGAUCAUACAGUGACUUAAAUCACCUGCAGGGUACACACUCUACAGCCCAUGAUAUCCGAUGACGCAAAAAAAGGACAUGGUAAUGGUGAAUAGUGAACCGUCCGUGUAAAGUGUAUUAUAUGUAAUAGAUCUUUGUCUAUAUAAGAAUUGAACUAUUUAUACAUCCACCCUUUACUUGUUCUCCUUCAUAUCAGUAAUUUAUGCUAUAUAUACUGCUAUCCCCAAAAAUACAAUUAUUUAUAAUUUUUUUUGUAAGCUUUGCCACCCCCUUGCCCACCGCAGACUUGAUGAUAUCAUAUUAUGAUGAUGAAUGGCAAAAUAUUUCCAGCUCACCUGCUCCACUCCAUAGGUGUGCAAGGAACCCCGGAUCAGGGAAAAAAAUGUCUUCAGGAACAAAAAAACUCCAGCACAUGCACUACGGAUAAAAUCCAGCCUUUUUAUUGUGAUUCCAUGUGUGAACAAUCUUCAAAUUGGAAUCCAGGGUGUGUCUGGUGACAUCAUAAAAUACAGAACUACUUGAAAAGAAAAAAAAGCUUCUACAAAGGAAAAAAAUUAAUCAGCAAUCACAUAUAGUCAUGCAGAAUAUAAAUCAAUAUUUAAAGAUGAGAUCAUGUCUAUUAUUCAUGCUAUUUGGAAUCCUGGUAUGUAAUAAGAAGAUCCAAAAAGACUCCCUGUCAAAAAGCAGCCUGUUUAGAUCUCCUCCUCGCAAUGUUUUUUUUAACCCUUUCAAUACCAACAGUUUCAAGAUCUGCUGUGUUACCCCCAUGUAAGUCUCUGAAAUGUCGAGACAACAUGGAAAUAUUCACUACCUUCAAGUUUGAAAUGUCUGAAAGGUGUUUCCUUAUUCUAGUUUUCAACCCACAUAUUGAACACUACAGCUGCUGCAGGUGGCUAAAUAAACCCCAUUGCUUGUUAGUUUAUAUAUGACUUAAUUUUACAUUCUUCUCUUGUAGCACUAGAUUUAAAACUCUUGUUUUUUUUAAAAAAAAAUCGGCAGGUUAUACAUACAUUAUGUCCACAUCUGUAGCAGCCAGUAACGUUCAACCAGGUGUUACUUGCAGACCCCGUUUUCUCCGAAAAUAAACUCGUAGACAGUGCUGUUAAUAUAGUUGGAGCUCUUUUUGCUCACAACUUGAAUUCCUGGUUCCAGUAUUUGUCGUAAAUGAUCAUCUUGGUACAGAAUCGGUCAAUACCUGGUGAUAAUGUUCGGCACCUCAUUGAACUGCCUGCUAUAAACAGUAGUCACUCUCACCUUUUUCUCAUGUACCUCUAUUUCAUUACUACUGUUUAUUACCUGAAAAAUUUAAUGUUUUUCUAUCCAAAAGGUUCACUUUUUCUACAGUCUGUUUUAGCAAGUUCUGACUAUAUCCCCUUGAAGUCUGCUAUAUAAUGCUGCACUUUCUAUAGGUGGAGUCCUCUGUACAAUUAGGGCGGAUUCUAAUCAUUUCACCAUAGGGGAUACCAUUGAUGACAUGUUUAGGGUAACAAUAGCAAAGUAUUCCUACUUGUAUCUUUUCUGUGGUUGCUACUGACAACCUCAUUCCCUUUGUUGGAAAGCUUAACAUCUAAAAAAGGAAUAUCACUCACUGCUAAUGUAUAAGUGAAUUGGAGAUUCAUGACAUAUUUGUUCAAGUAUUUCACGCAAUUCACAAAAUCUUCUUCUGUGGAGUUCUACACCAGGAUACUACGGUAUCCUCAAUGAAUCUUCCAUAUCAUACGAUGGAGGCCAAAAAAUGUUGUCCUCGGUCAUAAGGUAUUCUUCCCAAUGGGACAUAUAAAUAUUUGCGUACAAGGGGGAGAACUUCGUACCCAUUGAUGCUCCCCUCGUCUGCAAAAUGGCCCCAUUAAUGGAGAAGUAGUUAUGUCCUAGCAGGAACUCCACAGAUAAAUAGAUACAUUCCUUCAAAGCAGAAUGUCUAAAUGUUUCCUGAGACUCGCCAGACCCAAAUGGUGCCGAAUUGAGGAAUAGAGAGCGGCGACAUCACAAGUCGCCCAUCUGUAUUCCUCUUCCCAGACUAGGUUACCAGUUAAUUCCAAAAACACGUUUUGUGUCUCGCAGGUAGCUUGGGAUACACUGUACAAGGGGUUGCAAAAAGUGAUCAACCCAUGCUCCCAAACGUUCUCCCAGCUCAUGGAAUUUUUAAAAGAAUCGCAAUAAAAAGGCUGGAUUUUAUCUGUAGUGCACGUGCUGGAUUUUUUUGGUUCCUGAAGAAAUAUUAUGAUGGUGCUAUAGCACCACAGCGUUAUAGGCAUCAUAUCGUCGUAUUACAG